AUGUAUAGUGAAUUGCUAAAUUCAACCAGUGCCACCGAAGCUCACCUAGCGAUUCAGACUAACACACCCUACCUGGGCGGCACGCAGCGGCCAGCGAGCUCCUCGGCUCUGUACAUGUCGACAGCCAGGGCGUUAAAAGAAGGGGAGAUAAAUAAGCCAGAUCUGGUGACUUACAUCGUUCUGUUUUUCUUCCUGCUCUUGACUGUGACACUCAUUGUGCUCUUCAUAAACUGCCAGCUGAAAAAUUCUUUUUUUGCUACUCUUCCUUACGACAGAUCGCUCCGAGAAGCGAGGAGUCCGUGGAAGACACAAACUGUCUAACGCUAGGGAGAGAAACGAGGGUCUGCUUUGACACACACCAGUAGCGAGAACCAGAAAACCUGUGCAAUAAGAUGUUACUUCCGUGUGUCAGUGAGUGGGUUCAGUCCUCUUUAAAAUCACAGGCUGCAUCGCAGAAAGAA